GGAAACGCAGCGACGGUCGAGAGCGCAGUUCUGCGAAACGCCGAGCGCCCGGUGAUGAGGCCGCGAGCGCAAAGAUGUAGCGCUUUUCUUGGAAUGAGGUUCCUAGAACGCGCGUCAGCUCAUAAAACAGCCAAACGUGAUGCAAAGGCGUUUCUUACUGCUCUUAUUACAGGAAAAUAAUAAUCCACUAAGCCAAACGACCUACUACUCCUAUUUGAUUGCUACUACUAAGCUGUUUUGCGUCAAUUUCGUUCCGACUUCGCGACUUUCUGGAGGAGUAACUUACUUGACAAGGAAGGCUCGUUCGACUUAGACAAACAUCAGAGAUUAUUUCUAAUUUAAAAAGGGUUAGAUGUUGACCAAAUUCACUCGCUUUGUGGACGUUUUGUCGCCAUCAUAGCACUGCUGGAACAAUGUCAGCAGCUUUGGCACACUGCCGGACUUGGAUUCGCGUAAAUUUUACAGAAUUUUCAAACUGUCAUCGCACAUUUUGCCCUGUUUUUGUGACUUACAGAAGGUGACGAUUUUAUGCCCACCAAGGCUCUAAUGCCAGGGCCACAUUCAGGAAUGGUUGCUAGCCGUACGAGUGCCCAAAAUGAGAGGGACGAAUCAGAGGUUCAACAAAUUAAGCAGUCACAAGCAGCUCUCUGCACAUGGGCCCCGGCUGAGGACUUGCGUUUUAUCACCACAACCUUUCAGCACUUACACACCUCAGGAUGGUACUGGGGUGGUAUGACAGCCAGCGAGGCAAGGGAUGCCCUCAUUGGAGCGUCUGAAGGGACUUUCCUUGUGCGUGACAGCAGCCAUCCACUCUACCUCUUCACCCUCUCCGUACAGACCUGGAGAGGCCCCACUAACGUCCGCAUCGAAUACGACAGCGGCCGAUUCCGUCUCGAUUCCACUUUUCCAGCCCGUUCUUGCCUGUUGUCCUUUUCUGCUCUUCCUAGUCUCGUGCAGCACUAUACAUCCACGAGUCAAGUGGAGGAAAGGAUAGAAGAACAUCACACGGUGUCAAAGGACAAUGGUGUCCUGCUAAAGCUCAGGAAGCCUCUGCACAGGCCUCGGGCCUUUCCAACAUUACAGCACCUCACACGCCUCACUAUAAACAGACAUACUGAUCGCCAUACACAGCUGCCGCUGCCACGGCCGCUGCUGCUUUACUUGCAGGAAUACCCCUUUCAGGUGUGAGGACACUUAGGGGGAUGUUGGUGCAUUUCAGGGGGUUUGUGAAUUGGGGAAUUAGCUAAAAUUUGCAAAUGUUGCUCCCUGGCAGAAGUGUGGAUAUGUUUAUUUUGGUCAUAUGAAGAGAUUUACAAGUUGUGCAAAUAAACAAGGACUAUUUUGUGUACGUUUUUUGUUUUUAAAUAUUUGUAAAUAUUUCUCAUUUUGGUAAACGAAAUGUUUCUAUGUGUUUUUGUGCUUCCAAGUAUUCACGGAGCUCGCAUACUACCAUCACCAGAACAUUGAAAAAAUAAAAUAUCAAAACCAGUACGCAUAAACAAUAAACAAAUGUGUAAUA